AUGCUUUUCUCGCAACAACCCGCCUAUGCCGCCAAGGCAGAGGAGCUGCGCACGCCGCCUCCCAAGGGCAAGCCGUACUCUGUCGCCCUGCCCGGAUCCGAGAAACCCGGCCGCAGUAAGGUCUAUCGAGCAUGGAAUUCUCACAAGGAGUUGCUCGUGUCUCUCGACCCUAAGGUCCGGACGGUGCAUGAUAUGUUCGAGUCAGCCGCCAACCGAAACCCCAAGGGCCGCUGUCUCGGUUCCCGCUCGUACAACUCAGUGACAAAGACAUUUGGUGCGUACCAAUGGCUCGAUUACCAGACCGUCCAGAAACGCCGAGCCAACCUUGGUGUCGGUAUCGUGGAACUACACAAUAAACAUGGACGUGGUGGAAAAAAUUACGGCGUGGGACUUUGGUGCCAAAACAGACCGGAGUGGCAGAUCACAGAUCUGGCAUGCACGUCGCAGGCUCUUUUCUCGGUCUCUAUCUAUGACGUUCUCGGCCCCGAAACCACCCAAUACAUCGUCAAUCAUGCUGAACUGAGCUGUGUUGUCACCUCACUUCCCCAUGUACCUACGCUCAUCAAGCUGAAGCCUAAUUUGCCUGGGCUCAAGUUCAUCAUCUGCUUGGAUCCUAUUGAUGCUGGAGAGCAACCUGGUUUCUCAAAACGUUCUCUUUUGGAGGACAUGGCUGCUGGUCUGGACCUGUCAAUCUACACCAUUGACGAAGUUGAGAAGCUCGGCGAAUCCCUCAACCGACCUUACAAUCCCCCAUCUCCCGAGGACAUCGUGACCAUCAACUACACUUCGGGAACAACCGGCCCUCCCAAGGGUGUUGUUUUGUCCCACAAGAAUGCCAUUGCCGGUGUAUCUUGCAGCUUGUCUCUCACCAAUGCAAAAGCUGGCGAUGUUAUAGCGUCCUAUCUUCCAUUGGCGCACAUUUAUGAGCGUCUCAUUGAACAAGGAAGUCUCUGGUCUGGUGGAGCUAUUGGAUACUUCCACGGCGAUAUUCUUGAAUUAGUUGAUGAUUUGAAGCUUUUGCGACCCAACGCCUUUGUAUCGGUGCCUCGUCUUUUUACACGCUUUGCCGGCGCUGUAAGCACUGCAACAGUGGACGCUCCCGGUUUCAAGGGAACCUUGUCGCGACAUGUGGUCAACACUAAGCUUGCUAAUCUCAAUCCCGCCGAUCCCAGCACGGCAACUGAAAAACAUAUCAUCUAUGAUCGUAUCUGGACCAAGAAGGUCGCUAGCGCAUUGGGACUAGAUCGCGCGAGGCUUAUGGCCUCUGGAUCGGCACCUUUGGAUCCAACGGUGCACAACUUUUUGCGAGUUGCUACUUCCGCAAACUUUGUCCAGGGAUAUGGUUUGACCGAAACGUAUGCUCAGGGUGUUACUCAAAAUCCCGAGGAUCGCUCCGUGAGCAACUGUGGUGGUGUCGUGCCGGCCAUUGAGGCAUGUCUUGUAUCUCUCCCUGAUAUGGAAUACUUCGUUGACGACAAGCCUUACCCUCGUGGAGAGCUUUUGCUUCGUGGAAACAACGUUUUUAAGGAGUACUUCAAGAACCCGGAAGAAACUGCAUCUGCAUUCACCGAGGACGGAUGGUUCCGCACUGGUGAUGUUUGCAUGAUUGACGAGCUCGGUCGCUUCAAGAUCAUUGAUCGCCGGAAGAAUGUCCUCAAGUUGGCUCAGGGUGAAUAUAUCUCUCCAGAACGCUUGGAGGGUAUUCUGACGGCUGAGCAUACCUAUCUUGCUCAAGCCUAUGUCCAUGGAGACAGCCUCCAGACUUGUUUGAUCGGAAUCUUCGGUGUUCAGCCCGAUGUUUUUGCUCCCUAUGCCAGCAAGAUCUUGCGCCAGAACAUUGACCCCAACAACAUCGAGCAGAUCAAGUCAGUUCUGUCAGAUGAUAGAAUACGCAAGUCUGUCCUUAGGGACUUCCAACGUACCGCGAAGAAACACAAGCUUGCUGGAUAUGAAAGAGUCCAGAACGCCGCACUGAUGCUUGAGCCCUUUUCAAUUGAGAACGAGACUCUCACACCAACGCUGAAAUUGAAGCGCCCCAUUGUCACUAAGAAGUUCCGCACUCUGUUGGACAACCUGUACAGCCAACUUGCGGAAGAAAGCGAUGCGCCGAAGGCUAAACUCUAG